GUACCUUUUGUAUGAUGUAAAUCCUCCUGAAGGGUUCAACCUCCGCAGAGAUGUGUACAUUCGCAUUGCUUCUCUUCUAAAGACCUUGCUGCAAAGUGAAAACUGGGUGUUAGUUCUGCCUCCCUGGGGACGUCUUUAUCACUGGCAAAGCCCCGACAUCCUUCAGGUCCGACUUCCUUGGUCUGAGUUCUUUGAUCUCCCAAGCCUCAACAGGAACAUUCCCGUCAUUGAAUACGAGCAGUUCCUUGCAGAGUCAGGUGGGCCCUUUAUUGAACAGAUUUACAUCCUACAAGGCUACGCAGAAGGAUGGAAAGAAGGAACAUGGGAAGAAAAAAUAGAUGAAAGGCCAUGCAUUGAUCAGCUUAUGUACUCCAAAGACAAACACGAGUACUACAGGGGAUGGUUCUGGGGUUACGAGGAAACGCGGGGCCUAAAUGUCUCUUGUUUGUCUGUCCAAGGAUCUGCCUCUAUCGUGGCUCCCAUCCUUUUGAAGAACACUUCAGCACAGUCAGUGAUGUUAGACAGAGCUGAAAACCUUCUUCAUGACCACUACGGAGGGAGAGAUUAUUGGAAUACCCGUCGGAGCAUGGUGUUUGCUAAACACCUCCGUGUAGCAGGAGAUGAGUUUAGAAACAGAUACCUUCACUCCACUGAUGAGGCAGACAGGACUCACUACAAUGAGGACUGGACACAGAUGAAGGUUAAGAUAGGCACAGCUCUAGGUGGUCCAUACCUCGGGGUUCAUCUCAGAAGGAAAGACUUCAUCUGGGGUCACAGAGAAGAUGUGCCUUCCCUGCAAGGAGCUGUAAAGAAAAUCCGCAGCCUCUUGGAGAAGCUUCAACUUGAAAGAGUUUUUGUAGCCACUGAUGCUGUUGAGGAGGAGGUUGAAUUGCUCAAGAAACUGCUGCCUGAGAUGGUGAGAUUUGAACCCUCUUGGGAGGAGCUGGAGCUCUACAAAGAUGGGGGCUUGGCUGUGAUUGACCAGUGGAUCUGUGCACAUGCAAGGUAUUUUAUAGGCACCUCAGUUUCAACGUUUUCCUUCCGGAUCCAUGAGGAAAGGGAGAUCUUGGGAUUUGAUCCAAAAACAACUUACAACCGGUUUUGUGGUGAAAAAGAGAAAAACUGUGAGCAGCCAACUCACUGGAAAAUUGUGUACUAAAAUAGAGAAUUCCAAGGACUGGUGAGCACAAAAGGAUAUGGAAACACCACAGGGAAAUACCUCCCUUUGACCAAACUACAGCUCUGUCGUUUACCCUCUUCUUGGUGUUUACUUGAUAUUUUUGCUUUGAAGAACAAGCAAUAUUCACCUUCUUAGUCAGGCAGUGAUGGGAGCAAGAAAACUGCAGUCA